AUGAUUUCAAUCGCAUUUAGAUUCUAUUUUUUGCAUUCUAACUGUCGUAGUUUUCAAUUUAAAUCUAGAUACGAUGCAUCUGCCCAGACAAACUGCAUCGAGUGCUGUCCGUUUGAGACUGCCCAUGAUUUGAUCCUUUUUGCAACGGAAUCUACUAUCGAAGUGUUGCGAGUUUCCCCUGAUAACAGCCAUUCCAACCACCCAGUGUUUACUGAGAUUCAGAAAUUCCCAAUUGGAUCUAAUGUCACUUGUCUUGGAUGGUCAAAACACUCUCUUUCUAGGCUCUUGGAUGAUGGAUAUGAGACCAAAAUUGUGUUUGCAGCUUCAUUUGAAGAUCGGUCUAUUUUGCUUUAUGCUAGUGGCUAUAGUCCCGUAGAUGUAUGUCGAGCACCACAGAUGCGCCAUCAAAAUACCAUUAAUGCAAUCGCAUUUGAUAAAGCCAAUGGCCAUUUUAUUGCAAGUGUUGGAGAUGACAAUACUUGCCGAAUCUGGACGAUUGCAGAUCUCUCGGCAGAGGAAAGCGACACGUACCCAAUCGUCAUGCAAUUGAAAUCACGGGGAGUAUCAGUUUGCACUCAUGAAAAAGUCGCCAACCAAGUUUUAGUGGGAGAAGCAAGCGGUGCAAUUCGUAUUCUAAAUAUUGAAUCCCAAACUUGGAUGUUUUCAGUGUUUCAUCCAGAUAGAUCCAUUCCAGAGCCAUUGUUGAGAUGUGUUGACUGGAAUCCUUUGGAUCCGAACAUACUUGGUGCAGCAAUUGGCAAAAAAUGGCAUGUGUGGAGUUUAAAGGGUGAAAAAUCAAUCCAUUUGCCUGAACACAGUGGCGAUGCACAUAUCGAGAUUGCCCAUCGCUUCAAGUGGUGCCUGUCCGAUCCUAAAAUGUUCUUGACCAGCACGAAUUCUCCCGAAGCGUCCAACACUCAGCGUGUUGCAAUCAAAGUGUUUUCCAAUGUGUAUACUCAAAUACCAAACACCAUCACGCUUCUAUCAAAGAGUCGAUUAACAAGUGUUGGCUGGCUUGCUUCGUCAAAAAAUAUUGUGGGAACGGUUGGAAAGCAAAUUGUUUUGUGGUAUGUUGAAUAA